AUGGACAACCUCACCUCCUUCGCCCCACUCAACGCCCUCCUGGAGCCUUUACCAGACCUGAACAUCGGCGUUAAGACCACCACUAGCUCCGCCCUGCAUGACAUCUAUUUUACAGGAGCCCUACGGCUAUGGCCAAAUUUCCAGGCCGAGGUCUUGAAUACUUGCAAUGUUCAGACCUGGAGCCAGCAAGUUAUAGACGCCAAGUUUACAGGGCCAAAUGCGUCUAAUUCAACCACUGAGGAACAUGUCGUUGUUUCAUGCGAGACAGAUGUCCAAGGGAGAUUUUUCGGGCGCGCAGGUCAAGUUCUCGGAGCCGUAUUCAAAGCCCAGCAGCAGGACCUUACGUUUAGCAGCUUCAAAGCCGCCAAGCUGCCGUAUGCUGGAUAUCGCAAGGCUCCCGAUUUUGUCAUCAUGAAUCGAUCCGGCUUGAUAAAGGUCAUUGAGGAAGCCAAGGUACCAUGGAUACCGAAGCAUCUGUUAAGCGCUGCGAUUGAUCGCUUUGACGCGCUUGAAGAAACGUCAUUUUGGCACUUGCUAGGUCAAGUCGCGACGUACAUGCUUGAGACGGAGAUCAAGCAUGGCGUUCUGACGCUCUACCACGAAACCAUCUUUCUCCGCAAGGUGGACAUCAACAGAAAAUGGGUUCUAGAGUACUCACCUGUUAUCUACAACGAUGACCAAGGGAGCUUGACAGGUGCGACUGGAGUGUCUCUUUGCCAGUGUCUGUAUCACAUCGGGCUUCUAGGCCAAGGGGAUACGAAUUUUGGGGCAAAUACAGGCAUACGGAACCAAGACUGGACUAGGCUCCGAUAA